AUGGACGGCAUGAUGUCUCAGGCUAUGGGACAGCAAGCGUUCUACUUCUACAACCACAACCACGACCACAAGAUGGCCCGCCAGGCCAUUUUCGCACAGCAGAUGGCCGCCUACCAGAUGGUACCGACCCUGCCGCCCACGCCCAUGUACUCGCGACCAAACUCCUCCUGCUCUCAGCCCCCGACCCUCUACAGCAACGGCCCUUCAGUCAUGACUCCCACAAGCACUCCUCCGCUGUCCCGCAAGCACAUGAUGCUGGACGCAGAGUUUGGCGACAACCCCUACUUCCCCUCCACUCCUCCUCUGUCCACCUCUGGCAGCACCGUCGGCAGCCCCAAGGCCUGCGACAUGCUGCAGACCCCCAUGAACCCCAUGUUCUCCGGUCUGGAGGGCAUCGCCAUGAAGGAGGCCGUUGACACAACUGAGAGCCUGGUCGUUGACUGGGCCAGCAUCGUCUCGCCACCCUUGUCGCCUGUGUACUUUCAAUCCCAGGUUAGCAAGGUGCCUUCGCCCACCUCCAGCCCGAGCGACAUCCUGUCCACAGCCUCAUGCCCUUCUCUGUCUCCCUCGCCAACUCCCUACGCGCGGUCCGUCACAUCGGAGCACGAUGUUGAUUUCUGCGAUCCUCGCAACCUGACUGUCUCCGUUGGCUCCAACCCCACUCUGGCCCCGGAGUUUACCCUGACGGGCCUGGCCGAGGACAUCAAGGGCGAGCAGCUGUCCGCCCAGCCCACCUUUGACUUCAACCCAGCCCUGCCCAGCGGUCUGCCGACCUUUGAGGACUUUUCCGAUCUGGAGUCCGAGGCCGACUUCAGCAACCUGGUCAACCUUGGUGAGGUGAACCCCAUUGACAUCUCUCGCCCCCGUGCCUGCACCGGCUCCUCAGUUGUCUCUCUGGGCCACGGAAGCUUCAUCGGUGACGAGGAGCUGAGCUUCGAGGACAACGACGCCUUUGGCUUCAACUCUCUGCCCAGCCCAACUUCAUCUGUCGACUUCUCCGACGUCCACCAGGACAAGAGACGCAAGAAGGAGAAGAAGGAGCCCAUCAUGAACACUGCUGCCAGCGGCUCCCAGUCUGGCAACGAGCAGAUUGGCGCCACUCAGGCUGCCUCUGCUGCCUCCGACUCCAAUGCCUCCUCCGCUUCCGAGGACCCUUCUUCCAUGCCCGCUCCCACCAACCGCCGUGGCCGCAAGCAGUCUCUGACUGAGGAUCCCUCCAAGACCUUUGUCUGCGAUCUCUGCAACAGACGCUUCCGUCGCCAGGAGCACCUCAAGCGCCACUACCGCUCCCUGCACACUCAGGAGAAGCCCUUUGAGUGCAACGAGUGUGGCAAGAAGUUCUCUCGCAGCGACAACCUGGCUCAGCACGCCCGCACCCACGCUGGUGGCGCCAUUGUCAUGAACCUCAUUGAGGAUGGCUCAGAGGUCCCCGCCUUUGAUGGCAGCAUGAUGACUGGUCCAGUGGGUGAUGACUACAACACCUAUGGCAAGGUCCUGUUCCAGAUUGCCUCUGAGAUUCCUGGAAGCGCUAGCGAGCUCUCCUCAGAAGAGGGUGACCAGGGCAAGAAGAAGCGCAAGCGCUCUGACUAA